AUGCCUUCACCACUGGCAGACCCCGUAAAGCUGCCCUGCGGCUUGGUCCUGCCGAACAGGCUGUCCAAGGCCGCAAUGGCCGAGCAAAUGGCCAAAACCAACCAGCCCAACGAUACACUCCUCGACGUGUACGAGAAAUGGUCGCAAGGCGGCUGGGGCAGCAUUCUCACCGGUAAUGUCCAAGUCGAUGUGAACCACAUGGGCACCCCUUACGACGCCGCCAUCCACGCCGAGUACACCGGCGACGCAGCAGUUAUCGCGCAGUGGAAGAAAUACGCGUCUACCUGCCAGAAGCACGGCACCCCGAGCAUCGUGCAGAUCUGCCACCCGGGACGGCAGUCAUUCCGGGGCGCCGGAAAGCGCGGCCUGUUCGCAGCGCCGAUUGCGCCCAGCGCGGUGCCGAUGAACGUUGGCAACGGUCUACUCGAUCGAGUUAUUGCAGCCGUGGCGUGGACUAGUCCCCGUGAGAUGACGCGCGGGGAAAUCGAGACUGUUAUCCGGCAGUUUGUUGAUACGGCGCGGUUGAUGGCGGAUGCGGGCUUCUCGGGUGUCGAGUUGCAUGGCGCGCAUGGGUAUUUGCUUGAUCAAUUCCUCAGCAGCAAGACCAACCUCCGCACAGAUGAGUACGGCGGCACCCCGGCCAAACGCGCCCGCUUCGUCCUCGACAUCCUAUCCGAAACCCGCAAAGUAGUCCCAUCCACCUUUGCAAUCGGCAUCAAGCUCAACUCCGCCGACCACAGCUCCGCCACCUUCGAAGAAACCAUGACUCAACUCUCCCUUCUCGUCGACGCAGGUAUCGACUUCCUUGAAAUUAGCGGCGGCACUUACGAAGACCCCAAGAUGAUGGGCUACCCCAAGAACUCGCCCAGCGUGCAGCCCAAGUCCGAGCGGACCGCCGCCCGCGAGGCCUUCUUCCUCGACUUUGCGCACACCGUGCGGGAGCGGCAUCCUGGGUUGGUGCUUAUGCUGACGGGCGGGUUCCGCACACGCGCGGGCGCGGAAGCGGCUAUCCGGGAUGGCGCAUGCGAUCUGGUGGGAAUUGGGCGGCCGGCGGCGAUUGAGCCUAAGUUCCCGCUGGUGCUGUUGGAUGAGGGGGUUCCUGAUGAGCAGGCGGUGCUUUUGCUGGAGAAGGCCCCUGUACCGUGGCUUGGGCGGUGGUUGCCGAGGAAUCUUGUUGGGGCUGGGGCUGAAACUUCGUACUAUGCGGGCCAGAUUCUGCGCCUGGCGAAGGGGUUGGCGACGUAUGCGCCUGCUUUGUGA